CGAAAGCCAUGCGCCACUUGGCCGUCUGGCUGUGCGUCGGGGUGGUCGCUUGCGUCUCCCUGCAGGACUCCUCGCCGGUGCCCGCGGGACAUCCCCGGGAAGGUGAUAGCGCUUCUCGGCUGCCGAAGCCAGACAGAAAGCCAACGAACGUUCGGAGGAUGCAGGUGAACUUCUACGUUCGCUCCUCGGCGGACCCUGACAGUGGUUGCCGCCUGACCAUCGGUGACGAGCAGAGGCUGGACAUCUGCAAGUUCAACCUGUCCGCUAAAAGCUUUUUCAUCAUCCAUGGGUGGACGAUGAGUGGCAUGUUUGAAAUGUGGCAAGGCAGACUGGUGCAGGCUCUCCGGGAACGGGAGAAGGAUGCCAACGUGGUGUUAGUCGACUGGCUCGAUUUCGCCCAUCAGCUCUACACCCACGCCGUCAAUUACAGCCGGGUGGUGGGAAAGGAGUUGGCGACGCUGCUGGACUUUCUGGAGGAGAAAGAGCAUUUCCAGCUGCAGAACGUCCACUUGCUCGGCUACAGUCUUGGCGCGCACGUGGCUGGCUUUGCCGGGAACUAUGUUCGUGGGACCAUAGGCAGGAUUACAGGAAUGGACCCAGCCGGCCCGAUGUUUGAAGGAGUCGAGCCCGACAAGCGCCUCUCUCCUGAUGAUGCGGACUUUGUGGACGUCUUGCACACGUACACGAGAGAAGCCCUGGGUGUCAGCAUCGGGAUCCAGAUGCCCAUAGGUCACAUUGAUGUCUACCCCAAUGGAGGAGAUGUCCAGCCAGGGUGCACCUUGACCGACGUCUUGGGGUCACUCGCCUACGGGAAUUUCGGGGACGCAGUCCAGUGCGAACACGAGCGCUCCGUGUUCCUCUUUGUUGACUCGCUGGUCAACCAGGAUAAGCAAAGCUUCGCCUUCCAGUGCACUGACUCCAGCCGCUUCAAGAAAGGGAUCUGCUUGAGCUGCCGGAAGAAUCGCUGCACCGGCAUCGGCUACAACGCCAAGAAGAUGCGCAACAAGAGGAACAGCAAGAUGUAUUUGAAAACGCGGGCCGACAUGCCUUUCAGAGUUUAUCACUACCAAAUGAAAAUACACGUCUUCAGCUACAAGAACUUGAAAGACACCGAGCCCGCCUUCUCUGUGACGCUGCACGGCACCAACAGUGACUCCCAGCCCCUGCCUCUGGAAAUAUACGGGCAGAUAGGACUGAACUUCACCAACACCUUCCUGGUGUACACCGAAGAAGACGUGGGAGACAUCCUGAAGCUCAAGCUCAUGUGGGCAGGGUCCACUCAGACGUGGUACGGCCUGUGGAAGGAGCUCAGGAGCUACUGGGUUCAGCCUGACAAUUCCCAAAAGGAGCUUCAGAUCCGGCGUAUCCGUGUGAAGUCUGGAGAAACUCAGAAGAAACUCACUUUUUGUGCAGAGGACCCCCAGUUGACCAACAUCUCUCCUGGCAAAGAGCUCUGGUUUGUGAAAUGUCGAGACGGCUGGCAGGUGAAGAACCGAACCAGAUCAGCAAACAGCUCGCUCUGAAAUGUCCUUCUUUGAAGACUCACCAUACUGAGUGAGGAUCGAACCGGCCAAAACGGCAAGAGAAGAAGGCGAGUGCCGAAGAGAGCAGCACGGCUGAACGACAUGGCUGCCACCUCUCAGUCUUCUUAUUUUUCUCACUCGCACUUGCAAAGCCUGACUGUUCCAAGGUGGAGCUCUCUUGCCUCCUUAAACUGUGACAAUGCAAACACUGUGUCUGGGGACACCAGAACAUCCUUUAUUUAUGGCUACCCCUUAGACUAACUUAUUUAAAGCGUCCGCCUUUUACUAAACUGGCCCUCUUUUCAGGAGACCCUGACUUGCCUGCCGAAACUGACUUGUCCGGAUGAGCGAGCACUCGCCAUCUGGUCUUUCAGUCUCGUAUCUUCGUUUGCAAAAUACAGAGUGUAGAG